AUGCAAAAACCUGAGAUACAAGAUAUUGGACUUCACGAAAACAAUCUACCUGGAAACAAUAAAUUCAAAGAUGUUCUAAAGGAAAGACUUUUUGGUGAAAAUACAAGAAAAAAUAUGUCUGAUAGUUUUCACAUUGAAGCUAUUGAGAAAGAUAAUUUCAGAAAUAAAAUGUCAGAAAAUGUUAACAGUACUGUUUCAUCAAUGAAACAAGAAAAUGCUGAUGUAACAAGGCCUGAUUUAUCCAACAAAGAAAUCGGUAAGAACGUAGAAAGUGAUCCCAGUGGUGAUGUCAUAGAUAACAACGCAAAAUCUCAGACUUACGCUAAUGUAUAUGAAAUUCAAGCUCACCCAAAUCAGACAAAGGUAGUUCAACAAAAUGACAUCCCUACAGAUGAUGUUUAUGAAAAUCCAGCAGAACAAACUCAGACAAAGGUAGUUCAACAAAAUGAUGCCCCCAUAGAUGAUGUUUAUGAAAAUCCAGCAGAACAAACUCAGACAAAGGUAGUUCAACAAAAUGACGCCCCCAUAGAUGAUGUUUAUGAAAAUUCAGCAGAACAAACCCAGACAAAGGUAGUUCAACAAAAUGACGCCCCCAUAGAUGAUGUUUAUGAAAAUUCAGCAGAACAAACCCAGACAAAGAUAGUUUCAAAAAAAGAUGAACCCCAAACAGAUGAUUUCUACGAAAUUCCAGCUGAACAAACCGAGACAAAGGAAGAUUCUGAAAUUGAGGCUCCAGUGGAUGAUGAUCUUUACGAAGCCGUUAUAGUAGAAAAACAGGACGAUGCAAUGUAUACAAAACUUAUUAUUCACAAUGACUCAAUCAAUACACAUAAUGAUAAAACUCAUCAAAGUGAGGAAAAGAUUGAUGAACCAAAUAUAUAUGUAAACUGGAGCUUUCAAGAAGAUAGUGAGAAACAUGCAGAGGAAGUAGAGAAAGUCAAUGAUGUCAAUGAGGAUGAAAUAGUUGAGGAAGAAAAAAAUACAUUUAAAAGUGACAAUGAGCGGGAACAACUUCAAACUGAUGAGUCGGGGGUUAAGUCAUAUGCGUCUAAGUUUCCACGUAUAGCAUCACUUUUGGCAAAACUGAAAGCUAAAGAUGGAAACCAAGAUGAAACAGCAGAGGCAGAGGAAAAUAGAAGCGACAAUAAUCAAGACAACCAGCUUCAAAUUGAGGAGGCAGGGAUAAAGUCACACGAGACUAAGUUUCCACGCAUUGCAUCAUUUCUGAGAGAGCCAGACAAAGUUGCAAAAACUGCCGACUUUAUAGACAAGAAUAUCCACAAGAUUCUGCUUGGACUUGUUAUUUCAGUGACAUCUGUGAUCAUUUUGGCCAUGAUCAUCACAUGGACAGUAAAAUAGAUAUACUUCAAAUCAAGUACUGUAAAACCUGUUUUAGGGAACAACUUAUGAUCUACUAAAAACAUUCACUGUAAAUAGGUAUUAGGAAACUUUUUACAAAACCUAAGAAAUAGAUGUUUAUUAAGAUCAAGUCUUGUUGCAACCCCUGAUAACCUUAUAUCCUACCCCUUAUAUACCCAAAUCGGGGUUAAGUAGAAAAAGGUGGGAAUAGAAGAUUUGAUGCCAGAUCAGCUCGUAUAGCAUAGGGACAGUAGUCUGUGUGAAAAUGUGCUUAGUCAAGUAGAGGGGAGGGGGGGGGGUCACAGAGGCUCGUAGCUAAACUAGGUUUACUUUUCUUCACAUUAAAACAAAAGAAGGUUGUGGUGAUGCACAUAAACAAUAUAAACAAUAUAUUACUACAUAGAAUGAGGAAGUACUUGAAAAAAUAACUGAUUACAAAAAACUGUAUCAGAACUCUUGAAACUUGAAAUAACAAAACAAUGUCACCUGCAAUAGGUGAUAGCAACAUCCACAGUUCAUAAGUUAUCAGGGACAACAACAUUGAAUAUCUCAUCUCCUAUGCAAAACACCUACUUUGUACUUUUGUAGAUGAAGCUCUCUUUUAAAGAAGAUAAAAUCAAACUACUGUUAAGGUGCCUAUCAGAGGAAAUAUAACCAUAAAUAUGUUUUUAUUUGUCAUGAUGCAUUUAGGC